AUGAGCGAUAAAUAUUCGGGUAAAACAUUCUUCUUCGCCGACUAUGGAUGUUGUAUUCCGACGGAAUCGUAUGCCUGGAUACUCGUUGCUCUUUUCAUCACAACUAUUCUAGUUCUUCUCAUGUAUAAACGACGAAUGCGUAAGAGAAUUCACGACUUGAAGCGGAAGUUCUUGAUGGACACUAUCAAAGCGCAGGAGUUCGAAACGAAGCUCAACUUUGUAGCACAUAAAAAUAAAGGUAGAAACGAGGAAAUGUCUAAUGAAGUUGGUAAUGAUAAGAUCUCGAUUUAUGUGAAUCCGAAUGAGCAGAAACAGAAUUCUCAGAAGAAUAAGAAGAAGGGAAGUCUCCACAAAGCGGUUGUCAAUCAACCCGGAAAUCCAAUGAACAACGAUGAGACACCGGUUGCGCAGAGCUCAUUGGCCAGCAAAUCUAAAACCAAUGCCAAAAUCAAGAAUGAGAACCAUUGGUUGCACCUUCCAAAGAACCAGAAGCCGAAACAGGUGCCCGAAGAAGCUCCGCCCACUCCAUCCCCGGCUUACAUUCCUCCUGUGGCUCCGGUUGUUACUCAAGUUAAAGCACCACCACCACCACCGCCACCAGCACAAUAUCCACCGAUGGGAACUCGCCCUCCUUUAAUGGUUGCUCAACCUAAGAAAGGGCCUUCGAAUUUUGAUUUCGACUUUGACACUUCUCCGGUCAUAUCAUUGGAUCAAAGUGGUACGCCUCCAUCGAAGAAGAUUCCAUUGGCACCUCCCACAACUACAACCUUGACGUCGACCACUGCGUUGACUUCUGCAUCUAAUUUCACUACAACGCCAUCUACUGAUAAGACCACAACUCCAGAAUCCACGACACCACUGACUAUUGGAACCACCACUCCCAUUACUACUGGAUCUACUGUGACCUCUUCGACUAUUCCGACGUCGUCGAUUCCUCCGAAACCAUCUCCACCGAAGAAUAAGAAUGCGUCGCCUGGUGAUAAUGUGAAACAGAAUUUGAAGUUUGGACAAGAGGAUAUUGUUAGUCCAAUUGUUGGUGCGGAACCUGUUGGAAGGAAAGAUGGAGCCGGUGGAAGCACAGAAUGGAUUGGUUUUUAUGAAAACAAGAAAUCAAGAAACCCUACUCUGAGUACAAUAACCAAGUCGUCAACAAACAACCGUCGCUCUACUACAGGAUCCUGGCUCUUUGAUUCAACUGGCUCCAGCCGUAGUGGAAUAGCUUCUGGAUCGGUUGGAAAAACGACCUCUACAGUCUCGAGUUCUAUUAUUAAAACUGACACUUCUUCAUACAAAACUGCGUCAUCUGUGGAGAAAUUCCCGCAUGGUGCUUAUAGUUUUCAGUAG